AUGAUGACGAUGGAAGCAUCAUCGAAUAGUCGAGAUGGACUAACAUCAUUAUCAUCAUUGACAACAGCAACAACUACUAUUUCAUUACAGUUAUCUGUUGAACAGUGGGAAUUAUUAAGACGUUUACGAAAUAGUCAUUUAACAAAAACACAAAUUAUUCGAGCCUAUGAUGAACUAGAUCGACUUGAUCGUGAACUUGGAAAUCUAUUUAAUAGUGCACCUCCAGCAGCUUCUUCUCUUACACUUUCAUCUUCAUGUACAAAUGUUCCUUCACUCGAUCCGGUAUCACCAUCGACAAUGAAUUCUCAACAAGUAUCUCCACCUUCAUUAGCAUCUAAUACAAAUAAUAACAAUAAUAAACGACCACAUAGUCAUACAGUUAAUGGAUUACAACCAGUAAGACUAUCGAAUGGUUAUCAUUCAUCACAAAUGCAUCAUUCAAAUACACCAUCAUCAUCAUCGUCAAAUCCUAGUUUAAGAUCAAUACGUAAUAGUAUUAAUGAGACAAAUUCAUCGAUAUCAAAUCAACAUGAAACAAUCAAUCAAAAUGAUGUUGAAGAAGAAAAUCGUGAAUUACAAGAAUUACUUGCUAAAGGUGAUGUUGCUAUUCAUAAUGAAAUUUCAGUUUUCGUCUAUCGUUAUGAUCUAAAACAAUCACAAAUAGCUCGAAUGGCAGCGGUGAAUCAAGCAUAUGUAUCGAAAUUUUUACGUGGUGAUUUAUUUGAUUUAUCUGAAAAUGGACGAAUGGCCAUAUGUCGAUGGUAUAUAAGAUAUAAAAAAAUUGUUCAAUCAAUGAGUGGUAGUCAACCAUCUGCUGAUUUAUUAGCUAAUAUAACAUCAACAUGUGAACCACCAACAAAAAUUCCACGUCUAGUUGAAUCUCAAACAAAUAAUAAUUCAUCACCUGUUUCAUUUGAUGCACCUAAACGUACUCGAUUUACAUUUCGACCUGAACAUCUUGAUAUACUUGAAAAAGCUUUUCUUGACAAUCCAUAUCCUGAUCCACGUCGUCGUGAAGAUCUAGCUCGUAUAUGUAAUGAAGCUCGAACACGUAUCGAUGGUACAAAUGAAGUAUUAAAUGAACGUGAUCGUGUAACUGAUGCUAUUGUAACACAUUGGUUUCAAAAUAAACGAAAAAUGACAAAAAGUCAACGAGUAUCAAUACAAGAAGAAUCAAUUCCAUUAAGUCUAUCAAAUAGUAGUAAUAAUCAUCCAUCAACAUUAUCAAUGAAUGAUUUUGAAAAUACAAAUGGUGAUGAUGAUAUACAUAUUUCUCAUCAUCAUCAACAACAACAACAAAAAUCUACUGUACCUGUUGUUGAUAUUGAUUGUUUUGAUACAUCAACAUCAUUACUUGAUCCACAGAUGGCUGCAUAUCGUGCUAUAAUGAGUCGUAUGGUACCAUUUGCUAAUAAUAUUAAUGGUAAUAGUUCACCAAAACGUUUUGUUAAACAAGAACCUAUUUUAAAUCAAGAUGAAUCAAGUCAAGGUGAUGAAUCAAAUUCUCAAUCACCAUUAAACGAUCAUUUAUCACCGUGA